GAAAUCGCAUGCACUUCAUGCCUGUUCUUCGCCUUGCUCCUAACAUUUCGUUGCGAUCAAUGAUUAAGGUGGGGUGGCGGUGGGAUUGAAGUGCGGUGUAAGAUACAUCAAACUUCAUUCCACUACAGCUGGUCGCCUUACGCUGGUCCGUCUCAGAUGCGCCGUCGGAAUGCCAGUGGUCCAGCGCCUGAACACGCGGCCCAGUACCACCGGCUGACGGCCGUCGGCGACGGGCAGUUCUGCGACGAGCAGUUUCAGACAGUGCGGAAGCCGAUCCCGUGGAAAAGCAUCUUCCUGGCGUCAUUCUUGUUCGCCGGCGGCACCACACUGCUCGUCAUGGGCAGCUUGCUUGUAUCCGGCUUUUUCGACGAGCGGUACGCCGACCGCACCUGGCCCCUGAUCGUGCUGGGCCUCAUCAUGUUCGUGCCGGGCGCCUAUCACGUGCGUAUGGCAUACCUGGCCUACAUCGGCUACGACGGCUACUCAUUCGAGGACAUUCCCAGCUUCGACUGAGCCGUCCGGUGUAGCCGGCUCCGCUGGCCGGUGGCCGGCUGCCGGAGGGCACGCCACCGCUGGCCGGUGGCCGGCUGCCGGAAGA